GAGUCUCCCCAAGCUGGGAGAGCACUGGGGCUUUGCCGGGGAGUCCCGUGGGCACGGCUGGGGCUCGGGAGGCUCCGGGGAAUUGGAGGCAGUGUAGCCUGGGGACGGGUGGCUCAGAGGGACCAGAGAAGGGAAGGGCCUCUGUGUGAACCCUUGCUGGGACUUGAGCCAAAGUGGGCCUAGGUGUCAAAAGGAUGACAUACGGACAGAUGGACAGACAGAUGGACAGCUCCUGGACUCAGGCGACAGUGACAUCCUGUGAGGCACUCGUCUCCCAGUGACAGGACCUGUUUGCACCUUCGCUGCUUGGGCUGGACCCUCAGCUGGCCUUGUUGUCUCUGCACUUUCUCGCCUGGAGACCCCACCUGUUCCCUCUGUGCCGACCCAGAUCACACGUGCGUCUCCAGCCCAGACCCUGCGCUGAGCCCCGCAGGCACUUGCGACCCGCCGUUGGUGCCGUCCAGGCGUCCCCAACUAACAAAAAGGCUUUAAUGCCUCUCGUGGCCAGUGUGCUCACCGUCCUGCCCUGGGUCCACCCGCUUCCCGAGCCAGAGCCCCGGAGGUGGGCAUCCUGGACACACGUGGCCAAGUCUCGCGAACCCAUCCACCUGCCCCAUUUCUACUGCCACCCCUGGUCUGAGCCGCUGUCCUCCUCACUACCCCUCCCCCUCGCCCGCCCCGGCCCCAUUCCAUUCUAGAAGCUUCCAGGCCAUUCUCCACUCAGCAGCCACGGGGAUCUUCGGAAACGUCGACUAAUGAUGUGUGUGCCUGCCUCGGCCCCUUCCCCCUGCAUUUCCCUAUGAUGUUGACGGGAAGUCUGGGAGAGUGGGGGACAGGGACAGAGACUGCAGCGGGCUUCGAGCUCCAGCGGCCCUCACUUACCAGCUGCCUGCGCCCCGGAGGACCUCCGCCCACAACCCCCGCGCCUUCCCGAGGCCCGCCUGGAGCAUGCCGCCUGCAGCCAUGAACGGCCUGGGCCUGGUGCUGCUGGCCGCCCUGCUGUGCUCUGCGCCCGCUCACGGCCUGUGGUGCCAGGACUGCACCCUGACCACCAACUCAAGCCACUGCACCCCGAAGCAGUGCCAGCUGUCGGACACGGUGUGCGCCAGCGUCCGGAUCACCGACCCCAGCAGCAGCAGGAAGGACCAUUCCGUGAACAAGAUGUGCGCCUCCUCCUGCGACUUCGUUAAGCGGCACUUCUUCUCGGACUAUCUGAUGGGCUUCAUUAACUCUGGGAUCUUACAAGUCGAUGUGGACUGCUGCGGGACGGAUCUGUGCAACGGGGGGCCGACGGCGGGGGGUGGCCCCUGGACCCUGGCCGGGGGGCUGCUGCUCAGCCUGGGGCCGGCCCUCCUCUGGGCUGGGCCCUGAGGCCCUCCCCCUCCCACAGGGCUUCCAGCUGACCCCCCCCCUCCCUGAGACUCGAGGCCUCCCUCUCUCUCCACCAGCUCCGAGUCCCAGCCGGCAGGAUGUCUCCGGGCCCCGGGGGUGCAGGCAGGGGGCUGGGACCCCCAGGUCUCCGAGGGAAAGGCAGGCAGAGCCAGGCCCAGCCCCACAGCCUGGCUGUGAGGGCGUCUUCCACGGAGAAAUAAAGUCGCUUCUGGUCUAGA